GUCACGCAUCGCAGCGUGCAGAGCAGUCUGCUCUUUAACCAUGUGUUUUUAGCCUCUAGCUGAGGAGGAAAACAUGAAUGUGGAGCCCACAGGAGCAUUAACAUAUGUAGAAACCUAAUAUGGAGCCUCCAUCACCAUCAGCAGCAGCAGCAGCACCAACAACAUGCAACAGAAAGAAAAGAAAGAGCGUCGCCUCCACAACACACGAGGAUGCCAAGAGAUUAAAAACCGUGCAGGGAGGCGAGGAGACGCCGGAGUGUGGGCGUUCUUCCCGCUCACCGAGGAUCUCCGUGCUGCUCAGCCACCUUCAACAACCAAUUACACUGAACGAGCUGACGGAGCUGUUGCAUUAUGCUGCUCUGGGGAGAACAGGUGGCAUUAAACAGCCCAGUUGGUGUCGUCUCCUCCAUCAGAAGAGGAUUAAAGCUGUGAAUGUGGUGAUCGUGGAGGGUCUGACACAGAGUCACUUCUACAAACACUACCUCACUCUGCAGCACCUCAGGACCAAUUACACCACUAGAGUCACCUUUAAUCCGACAACUUCCAACCUGGCGUCAGGAAUCUUCAGCAGUGAAGUUCCUAAAUCGGAAGCUCUGAGACAAAGUCAAAGCAGUCAAAUACACAAAGCACUGAGGAGUCACCCAGUAAUCACCAAGUUUGGGACACACAUGAGAGGACUGACGGCGUAUGUUCUCCCUCAGGAGGAGAUGAUCAAGAGACACUUUCCUGUCAAAGGGAUGCCAGGCUUUGAGGAGUUUGUGUGCACAGACAGUGUUGACUGCGUGACUGACAGCAGCCCUCUGUACGGACUCGACUGUGAAAUGUGUCUGACAGAAAAGGGAUACGAGUUGACUCGUGUUUCUGUGGUGGACAGUGAUGGGAGCUGUGUGCUGGACGAGCUGGUCAAACCUCAGAACCGAAUCCUCGACUACCUCACCAGGUUCUCCGGUAUCACUGCGGCUAUGCUGCGAUCAAUCACGACCACCUUGCGGGACGUUCAAGUGAAACUUAAGACGUUGCUGCCGAGUGACGCAGUUUUGGUCGGCCAUUCGCUCAACAAUGACCUGAUGGCUCUGAAACUGAUCCACCAGCAUGUAAUUGACACCUCACUGCUGUACAGGAGAGAGUUUGGACAGAGGUUUAAACUUAAGGUCCUGGCCGAGACAGUGCUGAAGAGGAAAAUACAAACUGAAGAGAAAAAGGGUCAUAAUCCCAUUGAGGAUGCUCUGGCAGCUCUGGAGCUGGCCCAGUACUUUAUUAAAACAGGACCUCGACAGGUUGUAGAACUUCACUUGGAGGAGCUGUGGGGAUAUACACUAGUGGAGGAGCCUGACUGUGCACCCACACCGAGUCACAGGUUCGCUGACAUAUUACAAACACUCGGCCGGUCAGUAGCCUUUUUAGGGAAGCGUUCUGACGUCAAACUGGAUGUGUCCAAUCAGAUGUGGCACAACUCUGACAAAGAGGUGUUGGCCUCUUUCAGGAGGCAGACCAAGUGUCCGUUCCUCUCGGUGCUCCAGUUUUCUUCCUCCUCUGACUAUCUGAAGAGAUGCAUCCCUGCAGAGGAGCAGCAGUACCAGAGGGUGUGUGCAAACCUUCGAGAUAUGUGUGUCGUGUUUGCUGGGCCGUUUCCUGCAGGUUUCUCUGAGAGGGAAGUGAGGCAGCUGUUUCGUUGCUGUGGAGCAGUUCGAAAAAUCAAGAUGUUGAACUCAGCUGUCAGGGUUCAUGCAGAGGUAGAGUUUGAGCUGCUGGAGGGAGCCAUGCUGGCUAUAAAAACUUUGAAUGGACUUAAAAUGCAGGGGCAGUCCAUCAAGGUCCAGAGGCCUGUUUAUGAGUCAAUGCUGGACCUGGAUUUGACUCUUGAUGCUUUGAUGGGUGACGGUCUGAACGCCAGUCACCUCUACGCUGUUAAAUUAAACCCCAGUAUGGCUGAUUGCAUACACAUUUCUGCAAAGGUCAAUGGACACACGUUGGAUGCUAAAGGUUCAACUACGAUAAAUGGCACACGGCUGCAGCACACUGCCACUAAGUCCAGACUUUCCGAGGAGACAGUCAGAGACACGUUCGCUCACUUUGGUACAGUGGAAAGAGUUGUCCUGCCUGCCAAACCUGGAAAACAUGCAAGACAUGCACACAUAAAGUUUGAGAGUUCAGAGGGCAAACAUAUAGCCCUCACCUCCCCCGAGCACCUCCAGAAGGAAAGCUACCUCGUCUGUCCAUCCCUGACUCCACCCCAUUUACCCUCAUGGGCUGCCAUGACAACGCCAAUCACCACAGUGGAUCCUGAUGAAGAGAGGAGCCACAUGCACAUCAGCUCUCAGGACCAGGAAAUGGAUCUCAUGAUGAGGAAGCUGGACCGCCGCCUGCGGAAGCUCUUCAGAUCUCUCCCAGACGGCACCUUGUCAGUGGUCGUUCUGCUCGGACGCACCAGUGCUCAUGGCCACAUUCCUGGUUUGUGCCUUAUGGAGGUCAAGCAAACGACUUGAGAACGGCUGACCUGGUCCUCCAUGGGAAUGAUAGUAAACCUGCACUAUUGAAACAUCUUCAAGACCAAUGAUGCCUGAUCUUUUGCGUCAAAAAAAUAAAUCAGUGCCAUAGCCAUUUAUUACCUCAGAGCUGUAUGUCCGCAUGAUAAAGUUUUCUAUUGAGUAAAUGUAUCUUAAGGCAAGUUUGAGUCAAAUACAGUAUUUGGGAAAUCAUUUUUAUGGUCUGGAAAUAAUAAUCAAAGCUACAAAUGAAUAUCUGCCUUAAGUACAAAAUAACUUUUCUCUGAUGGUAUUAGUUUUUUUUUCUCACUGUAAAAUCAACAGAAUCAGUUUGGUAUGAAUUCAGUCAU